CGAUCUCGUCUGCCUUAGUGGGCAAAUGUCCAUCUCAGCCUGGAAAUGGAAGCGAGCGAGGCGUGUCGCGACCGUGGCAGCUUCAUCAUUGAUUGAUUGAUUGAUUGAUUGACUGAUUGACUGUCGCAAGUGAACCACUCUUCUUCCAUCUCACUUGUGUACAGUACUAGGUAAUCAUUGGUGUUGCUAGCAUGGUCCAACUGCCCCUCCCAUCACUUAUACGCAUCGAGGGGACAUGAAUUCCUCGGCCGACAAUUCUUUUUCCUUCUUUUCCAGACUCCGCCUUUUUCGCAGGAAAAUGGCCAGUUCACGACAUUUGCGCCUCGUCGCCGGCGUCGCCUGUGUCCUCCUCGUUUUCUUUCUCGUCCGUCCAUUCGAUUCCCCCGAGAUCCUUCCCACAGCGUCGCGACCACACGGCAGCCCUCCCCUGGCCGAGCCAGUACUACUACAACCGUCACCAAGCAGCCGGCGCAAGGUCACCUUCAAGCCGAGCAGCUUCGACUGGACAAAGGUCGAGCAACACUUCCCCGUCGAGCUCAAGCACAAGCUCCCGACCGGCGCCCCCAAGCCGCAGAAGCCCGUCCAGCACGACUUCUCCCACUACGUCCACGACCCCGUUACGCGAAACCGACAAAAGGCCGUUCGCGCCGUCUUCGAGCGCAGCUGGAACAGCUACAAGGAGCACGCAUGGCUUCGUGACGAGCUCGCCCCUGUGAGCGGCGUGGGCAAGACCACGUUUGGCGGUUGGGGGGCUACGCUAGUUGAUGCGCUCGACACGCUAUGGAUCAUGGAGCUGUGGGAGGACUUCUACCUCGCCGCCAACGCUGCCGCCCAGCUGGACUGGCAAAACACCACCGAAACCGCCGCCAACAUGUUUGAGACCACCAUCCGCCACCUCGGCGGCCUCCUCAGCGCCUAUGAUCUGAGCGGCGAGCAGGCCCUGCUGGACAAGGCGACGGAGCUGGGAAACAUGCUUUACAUGGGCUUCGACACCCCGAACCGCAUGCCCGGCUUCUGGCUCAACUUUGAGGAUGCAAAGCGCGGGGUGCAAGUGGCCGGCACAAACGAUCCCUCGGCUUCUCCCUGCUCCUUGUCGCUCGAGUUCACUCGCCUCACCCAGCUGACGGGCGAUCAACGCUACUUUGACGCCAUCACCCGCAUCACCGAGUUUCUCGAGCGCACCCAAAACGAGUCCAAGAUACCCGGCAUGUGGCCCAAGCUGAUCAACUUCCGCGAAGAGCGCGUUGACGGCGAGAGCGGCUUCACUCUCGGCGCGCUCGCCGACUCUCUGUAUGAGUAUCUGCCCAAGAUGCAUGCCCUCCUGGGCGGACUAUCGCCGCAAUACGAGAAAAUGCACCGGGCCGCCAUGGAUGUCGUUACGAAGUACAUGCUCUUCCGGCCCAUGCUACCUGCUGAGGAAGCCUCGAAACACGACAUCUUGUUCGUGGGCGAUGCCUUUGCCAAACCCGACCGGAUCGACCGGGUAGCCGAGGGCCAGCACUUGACCUGCUUUACCGGCGGCAUGUUUGGCCUCGGCGGCAAACUGUUCGACAUCAACGAGCACGUUGAGAUUGGCGAGCGCCUGGCCCGCGGUUGUGGAUGGGCAUAUGAUGCUUUCCCAACUGGCGUCAUGCCCGAGAUCUUCAACAUGGUACCCUGUGGUGGCUCCUGGGAUGCUCCCUGCCCGUGGAACGAGGAGAGGUGGAAGGCAGAGGGCAGCAAGAAUCUUAAGAAGGGAUUUGCCAGUGCGCGAGACACCCGGUAUAUCUUGCGGCCCGAGGCCAUUGAAAGUAUCUUCCUCUUGUACCGCAUGACGGGUAAGGAAGACCUGAGAGACCUGGCAUGGCAGAUGUUUGAAAGCAUUGUGAAUGCCACAGAGACCGAGCUGGCUUACUCGGCUAUUUCUGAUGUCACGGUCAAGGGUCCGACGACCAAGACCGACUCGAUGGAGAGCUUCUGGCUGGCCGAGACUCUCAAGUACUUUUACUUGAUCUUCUCUCCACCCAGCAUUAUUAGCCUCGACGAAUACGUGUUCAACACCGAAGCACACCCGUUUCUUCGACCGAAGCCAUAGACAAAUAUAUGUCUGGAGGGGUAAUGACCAUAGAGAUGUAUGGAAUGACAUCGCACAUCUUUUUCUAUAUUAUAAAAGACCACGACCAGGUGGACUUUGGACAGCUCGAAGUUCAUGACAUACACGGGGAGAAGACGGACCAUUUACCUUGAUAUACGCCAGUUGGGAAAAACCGGCACGGAAGCAGUUCCUUGGCAUUCUUGAACAUGGUUGACGUUUAGAAAGAAAAGCAUGUACGCGGAUGGAUUUGGAUAUUUAGCGACUGCUUGGGGUAUACCCAUAUAUAUACUCUCUAGGGAUUGGAUGUCAUAAGAGCAGCUACCAGCGAUGAAUAGACCAUUGCGCCCUUCAUUUUAGUCAAUGUUGGAUUACCUUUUGAAUGCCGAGAGUUAUGAUUUUAU